CGCCAAAAUUUAUCAACCACCCAACCUUGUUUGCUCUGUUUCUCUGUUUUGACGACAGAUACAAGGAAGCAGGGUUUGAAUCGUUCGCGGGUGGUCCCCAUCUUGCAAGCCCUCGCACCGCACCUCAUCCUUGCUUGUUGCAGGCCAGAGUGGGCUCAUUCGAACCGCCGUGAAACGGCGCAUCCGAUGGUGCCCAUAUCUCAACCCCCUCAAAAACAGAGUCACCAACGGACCUAACGCUACCCAAACAACGACAACAACGACAAGGCAGACAACGAUCAACCAGCGCUGUUGUUGUUGUGCUUGUGGACGUGUGUUGUUGUUGUGCUUGUGGACGUGUGUUGUGUUGUGUUGUGUUGUGUGUUGUGUGUAUGUUGUGUUGUGUGUUGUGUGUUUGGCCUGGCCAUGGCGCACGUUCACCCAUGCCAAGCACUUGCGCUCAUUGCCCUCAUCGUCAUCUCCAUCUCCAUUUUGAUGACCGGCAUUGCUGUGUUGCGAGCGUCGGGUGGCGAGGACGAUCUGUUUGAAGGGCCACACUGGAACCAUCCGGGCGAGACGGUGGAGGCCCACGAACUCCUGGCGGCCAAAUAUGUGCGCGUUGAGAGCCACACCAUCCGCAGCUCCGGCGGGAAGCUGGUCUCCGGCUGGCUUUGGGUCGACUUUCACGACAGGGUGGACAUCCUUGUGGAGGACGAGCACGGGCGCUUCCUGCUGUACCGCCAGACCAACUACGGGCUGCCUGGGCCGUCGCUCGCCGUGCUCUCCUCGCGGUUGGCGCAGCACGAGGACCCGCUCAAGGCCGCAAAGGACGAGCUUGCAAAGGAGAUGGGCCGGCGCAGCCGCCACUGGGUCAACAUGGGCACGUACCGCUCGGAUGCCAACCGCGGCGGUGGGUUUGUGACGUGCUUCCUUGCCCGGCGAUCAGAGAAGCUGGACGAGUCACAGCGGGUCUCCACCGACGACCUGGAGUCGAAGGAGCUCGUGCACCUCACACGACGGGAGCUGCGGCGCGCCGUGCUUGCAGGCAAGGUGCUGGAGGUGAAGUGGGCCAACACCAUGGCGCUGGCACUCCUGCACCUGGAGCACAUGGACGCAACAGCGGCAGCACAACAGCAACAGCACCGGUAUGGUGGCGGUGCAAGCAACACCAACAAAGACGGCGCGCGAAGGAGGGAGCGAAGUGACAGCGGCGGUGACAGCGGCGGUGGCGGUGGUGGCAGUGCAGCUGAUAAACGACAACAACAACGACGACGACAACAACAACAACAGGAGCAACAGGAGCAGCCGAAGGAAGUUGGCACAUUGCGCCUCUGACGUGUGAUGUGUGCAUGUGGGUUGUUUCCUCCUGUCUUUGCAUCGACUCUAGAAUUAGGACACUCUUGUACUAUAAAUAGGUCAUCCGUUA